AUGAAUGAGACUGAUUUAUUAAGAGGCAAAAGAGAGCAAUUUCACACAGAAAUUAGAAGAAAUCAACUCGAGAAGAUCUUCAACCUGAAAAGAAAAGUAUCGAAUUGUGAUUCUCAGCUUUCUGAUUAUUAUGCUCAGUCAAUGCAAUAGAUGGGGAAAAUUAAAUUACUAGAUCUACUAAUUUUGAUCAAUGAAAAAGUGAGUAAACCGAUAGUUGAAAUGGUUUAAAAUGACCUUGGUUUCCAAUUGUGCAAAUUGCUUAAUUUAAAUGAACUCUAUUCUAAUUGGGAUUUGUUCAAAAAUAUUUUGACUUACUUAAAUACUUUAGUGCUAUUGCCAGAUGAACAUUUGCAUUGUUAUCCCAAAUUCAACGACAUGCUUAUCUCCUUUUCCUAACUCUUCAUUUUGUUGGAGGCUGAAAUAUUUCGCUAGGGUUUAUGCAUAAAAGGGAAUGACCAGAAUUGUCCACUAGAGGCGGGAUAUGAUGAAAUCUCUCGAUUGUCCUAUUCUUUUAUUAAGGUCGAUCAGAUCUUGAUGUACUCUUCAACAACAUUCGAGGCAAGAGGAGAAUUGUUGAAAAGCAAGUUGUUUACACAUAGUAUUUGCCAUGCUUUUCAUGUAAAGAUUAAAUUGUAUAUAAUUUAGAACUAAAUGGAUAAUUGUGUUCUUGAGUUACAUUUGCAAUUGAUAGCCUCUUUGCUGUAGGAUUUGUACAAAUAGGACAAUGAUUGCAGGAAACAUGCAGAAGUGUUCAUUAAGCCGGUUUGUACUGCGUUGUCAACCAAAAAUUUGGAUAAAUUAAAUUACUUAUUGUAAAUAAUGCUCAAUCUAACAUUUGUGGGAAUGCACAAUGGUUAUGUAUUAAAAUUUGAUUGCACCUUAGAUCAACCAAAUAUUUAAAUUUAAUGGAGCUUUGGAAUUGAUGCAAAUACUGAAUGAAGGUUUUAAUGAUUAAUUGACUUUGAGGAUCCUCGCAGAAAUAGCAUCCCAAAGUCCAGCUCAUAUCGAAAUCUUGAUCAAAAAUGGAUUGCUGCUAUAAUUAAAGUUGAAACUCUGUUCAAAUAAGUAUUCUCUUUAUCAGAUUUUUCUAGUAAACUAGUUUAAAAUUAAGCCUUAUGGGUUUUAGAAUAUUGCAUAUGUGGGGGAAAAUAAUUUUAUGAUGUGAUAUUUCUAUAAACUGACAUCACUAAUUAUGUAAUCUAAUUAUUGGAUUCAUAAGAUGAAUAAAUACAAGUUUAAGCCUGCUUUACUUUGUGUGCAUAUUUUCAGAAAGGUAAUUAUUAGUAAACUCUGCAACUAUGUUAAUCUAAAAUACAUAUAAAAGUAUUUUAAUUCUUGUGCUUGCAAAAUGUGGAAUUAAAAUAGGCUAUUCUUGAAACCAUAGUGGAAAUACUAAACAAAGAGACAUGGCACAGUAGUCAAUAUGUAUUGAUGUAACAGGCAGACAGGGAAAAUUUACGAUAUAUUUUAGAGAGACUUGACGAAGACCAAUCUAUCUUUUCGAUGAUAAAUAAUGUAUUAUCAUAUUUAUGAAUUUUCGUAUUAAUUAUUAUAAAAUGAUAAAAAGUAACUAAAUUAGAGUAAUUAAUUAUGAAGACAUAAAGUAUGACACAGAUGAUGAAUAAUUUUUCAAUUUUCAAUUUGAGGCUCCACAAAAAGGAUUACUAGAUGAUCAAAAUAGCAAUGACUUUUGGUUUAAAGUAUCUCAUCUUGUCCAUUAAAAAGUAAUUUCAAAUUAUCCAACGAUGAGAAGAUCUCUAUCUGUUGGUAACAAGAACAUAAUUGAAUUGAAAAGACAAAACUAGUUCAAGUACUUCUUGAAGUAUGUUGCUGAAAAGAAAAUCUGUUCUGAUAAUCUUCAAAGUACCACUAAAAAAUGA